AUGGCACCUUCUGAUUCAGAUCUCUCAUCGCUAUCAUCGGCACCACCGACAGACGACGAAGCAGCUAUGUCAGUCGAUGAACCUGUUGGAAUCGCCAAGUACUUCAAGAAGGAGUCGGAGACGCCGCCGCCGAAACGGGAGCCAUCACCACAUCAUGAAUACGUCCUCGCCGACAACCCCAUUAUCGCAUUCAUCGUCACGUUCCGCGCGCGUUUCCACGAAUGCUUCCCCCGGGGAGUCCCACACCUCGGACCUCAGGACGUUGAAAGAGAAGUCGAAGAGUCCCCCCUGGAGAAUAUAUCGAGCGACUACUAUGCGCGUUACUUGGUCUUGCGAAAUCACUACACGCGACCCUUGGAAGAAGCUAUUUCAACGCACCAGUCCCAGUGGCCCAAGGCAUGGCAGGGCAAGAACCCCCUUCACGGGGGCCGCAGCUUUACAACCAUGGCGCCCGAAGAACGACUGGAGUUGCUUCGAUCUCUGAUACUCUGGUCCUUGUCAUCAUCAGAUGCAAUCCAGGCCAAGAUUAAGGAAUCGUACAAGCAAGCGCGCCACGACGACGACCUCAACCAGCCUCUCUCUGUUCAGCCAUGGGGUCGCGACAGCUUGAAACGCCGAUACUGGCUCAUAGAAGGACAAGAUGAUACACACUUUCGCUUAUAUCGGGAGAGCAACCCUGCUCUUAAGCACAACACCUGGUGGAGUGUUGCUGGCAGUAUUCCAGAGAUUCAGGAAAUUGCCGAUAAACUUCAGGAAGAAAAAGGCACGAAUUCGAAGAAGCUUAGCGAAAGGAUUCGGAAUGCCAUUCCUCGAUUUGAGGCAUCAGAGGAGAAGCGCAAGCGUCGCGACUACCGUCUUAGUCGCAAGGCUGCUUUUACUCGACCGGAACCUGGAUUCUCUAUGUAUGAAGGGCGUACUCGUGGGAAAAAGCUUAAGUACACCUACUCCGACGACGAGGACAUCUUCUCGGAUGGGCUUCCUUCCCGAAGAUCAACUCGCAAUGUAUCCUCCAAUGUGACACCCGCUGAGUCUUCACGUCCUCGCUUCACUGCGAGCGGCCGGCAGAUUCGGUCCCGUGCCGGCGGCCUUUACGGAGAGGCCCUACUUACUGGACAGCGCGAGGACUCCGAAUUUGACGAGGACGAGGAGAAUGAGGGAAGACCCCAAAGAACUCGGACAUCGAUCAACCCCAAUGGCUAUUCGGGAUACAGAGAUGAUGAUCUCGAGGACGAGUCCGAAGCUGCCCCCUCAGAGGCCGAUGACAGCGAAAGAGAAUGGGGCGGCGAGGAAGAUGACGAGAAUGAAUUUGAGGGCGAUGAUGAAGGAGAAGACGCGAGUGGAGAUGAGUCCAUCGCGAACGGAGAACCGCAAAGCCUCGUGGUCCAGCUUCGCUACGGCAAAGGCAAUGUGCCCAGUCAGCCCAAAGUUGCAUUGGACGAGCCUCCUCCUGCGCAAGAUACUCAGAUGAAAGGUGCCAGCGAAGCUGAAGCAUAUACAAAACCAACUCUACCACCACAACCGACACCAUUGCCCACUCCAGCACCAGCAACCGUGAUUGCGCAGCCAGCUCCGGCAGUGACUGCGCCUUCUUUCCCUCCAGCACCAGUAUCUCAGUUGCCUCAACCGGCACCGAUAAUGGCUGCACCACCCAUGCCUUUCGAGUCAAGCUCUCAGGGAACUACUCCUCAGGCCCCCGUCAAUAUCCCUACUAUAGCCCCACCCCCAACACUUCCUGUUCCUGCGCCUAUUGAGGUGCCGAAACCCAAAGAGCUAGCCGAGGCAAAUGGCCUGAACGGUCUUUCCACCGGUGCUGAAAAUCGACCCGUCCCUGGCAUUCCUCACCCGCAGGCUCCAUUCACCCAAAGCUGGAAUCCGACUACCUAA